AUGUAUGUGAAAUGGUUUGAUACAGUAAUGUUUUACUAUGUUAUUUUAGUGAAUUUAGUGAAUGUCACUUUUUGUCAUUUUAAAAUUUCCCGCCGUACCGUCCCCAUACGUCCCGACGUUGCAGGGAACGGAACCCAGAAGACAGAUGCCGGCAUCCGCCGGAGGACUUUGCUGGGGACACUGCAGGGGGGACAUUGCGGGAGCGCAGGACAAGGUAAGAGAAGAACAGAUCCCAGAGCAGCGCCGCAUGGUAUUCCCCGAGUGUAGCUCAGGGUUACUGCUUGUGCUACACUCGGGAAUACCGCCAGGGAGGCUAC